AUGCCUUGUGGGGAGUGCACGAUCACGCUACAGGAAGUUGCAGUGCAAUUGGGGUUGCCAGUGGAUAGGGAGCCUCUGACAAGAUCAUUAAGGUAUAAUUGGAAGGUAAUAUGCCAUGAUUUCUUGGGAGUUGUACCGCCUGAGAAGAAAGGUCAGUGGUUAAGUCUUCUAUGGUUGGCAGAACAGUUUCAAGAAUUACCACUAGAUGCUGACAUUGUGACCGUUCAGAGAUACGCUCCUGCAUACAUUAUGCAGUUGAUUGGGGGCUUUCUUUUUGCUGAUAAGUCAAACAUGUUGGUCCACUAUAUGUUUCUUCAAUUCAUAUUCGAUUUCGACCAGACUGGUACAUAUGCGUGGGACGCUGUGACCCUCGCAUGGUUGUAUGGGGAACUCUGUCAUGCAAGAAUGCACAGUCUUUAG